GCCUCCCCUCCCCUCCCACCCAGACGCGCAAAAUAUCUAUCGAGCCUAUCAUCUCACUCCUCACCCACCCACCUGGUACCUACCUACCUACCUACCUACCUAUCUAUCUGUCUAUCUAUCUAGAUCGAUCUUUUCUUCUCCCCCACUUGGAAGCUGUUCGACUCCAUGGAUUCGGACUAGGCAUUGAUUCACCAAGUAUUCAAGGUUAUUCUCAUGCGUCAUUCUACCUACAAGUGAAAAUGGAUCUUCCCUUAGCUCAGCCUCCAUGAAUCCAGGCAAAAAGGUUUUCGAUUUUUGCGUUUUUUUGGUAGCUCGAUGUUUAUCUACCGGUAAUCUAAUCAGGCAGGCAAAGAGAGAAAGAAAGAAAGAAGUACAAAAAGGUACUCACUUAACCAUCGCCAUCUUCUCAUCACAGCCACCACACAUGCUCCGAUGCAAUUGAAGUAACAAAUACCAUCUCACGAGCAGACGAAUAACGACCAUUUACGCCUAACGCCUAACGAUUUUGUACGACAUAAUACCUCUCUCGAGAAGCAGAAUUGUAUGAUUGCAUAAAAUUUCCCUCGAAUUUUCUGCUCCACGAAGAACGAACUAUGCGCCUCUACCUGCUUCCCAUCUCCACGCGGCGAACCCUCAUCUACUGCCAGCGACUCAAUGUUACCACUACAAACGAGGUUUCCUUUCUAGAUAAAACAACUACGAAGGCGAAUAAUCUUUGGAGUAGCUGGGAGAAGAAGGAAUCAGGGUGGCAGAAGAAAGUGGUUGAAUUUGGAAACAAGGCUCUGCAAAGAAUACCAUAUGAGGAAUGGGGUUUAAAAUCGAUUCCUCCCCUGUCCAAACGAAGGCGAGCAGAAGAACUGCGCGACAAAGAGAAAGUUGAGAUCUCAUUUCCCUCAAAUUUUCUUCCUCAGGAAAACAUAUCGAAAAUCCUGCAAAUACUUGGCACAGAGAGAAGACAACUUCACAAGACGAGGCUAUGGGGCUCAAUCAUUGGAAUGCCCGUGGUUGCUCCCUUCGCGCUUGUUCCCAUUAUCCCGAAUUUACCUUUCUUCUAUCUAUGCUUUCGUGCAUAUAGCCAUUGGAAAGCGCUAGCAGGGUCUAAGCACAUCGACUUUCUUUUGAAGGAAAAUCUUCUUGCCCCAAAGCCAUCCAAGAUAUUAGACGAGUUGUAUUUGAGGAACAAGAUUCCGUUCUCCGAUUCGAAAAGUGCGGCUGAUACACUAUCAUCAAAUUCGAAUGUAUCGGAUGUUGAGACCAUGCUACUUCACGCUUCUGAUGGGGAGGAAAUUGCCAAAGCAUUAGACAUACCAGAGUUGCAAAUGGAGCUUGAUCGAGCAGUAUGGCAAGUAGAAAACGACCUGGAAGCUAAAAGAAAAAUGAAGGAUGAAAAAGACCAAUUGGUCUUGGCCAAGGAGGAGGCCAAGAAAAAGUAGACAGCCUGUUGUACAUUCGUAUUACAGCCGAACGUAACAUAUCAGCAUAGGAUAGUCUAGAUCAGACUACCUAUGCCAUAUCAUAAGAGAAAUGACGCAUUGUAAGCAUAGCGAGCGUAUCACGCGCCCAAAAAUAUAGAAAUACAAGAGACUAUUCACUUCA